AAAAUGAGCAAAAUUCACACACAAAACCCACAUAAAAAGAAAAAAGAAAACGAAAUUCCAUAUUUUCACCUUCUUUUCGUCUCAAAGUUGCAGGGCCGAAAUGUUUACUCGGAAAUGCCGGCUUCAAAUUCAAGCCAUUAAUGGCGGUGGCGGGUCUUUAUUCUUCAAAUCCCUCCUCAACCUGUCCACAACCACCCAGAAAGCGCUAACCCAAGAUGCUCACAUGGUGGAUUACCUCAUUGACAAACUUGGGUUCUCCGAAGAUGCUGCCAUAGCUGCCUUAAAUAAGGUACCUAGCUUACGUCCUUCUCAAGAGAAAGCAGAUUCAGUUGUCAAUUAUUUGAAAAAAUUUGGAGUAAGUAAAACCCAUAUCAGAAUUUUGGUUUCUGCAUCCCCUCGUUUAUUAUGUUGCAAAGUUGGUAAAACCCUAGAACCCAAAUUUAAGUUUUUCCAAGAACUUGGCCUGUCUGGGUUCGUUCUAUGCAAAGUUGUCCUUUGUUCCAGACGUUGUGAUGGACAUGGAUUGGAUCCAUUAAUCAAACCCCGAUUUUUCUAUUUAAGACAAUUGAUGGGUACUGAGUCUAAUCUACUUGAAGUGUUGAGAAUAUUUCCCCAAGUGCUUUCUUGUUUGAACACCGAAAUUGUGGAGAGUAAUGUGAGGCUGCUGAGCAACUAUGGCAUUACACAUGAAUUUACUAUGAAAUUGAUGGUUAAGAAUCCGAUUAGGUUUUUCUCCAUCAAGGCUGGGGAGAUGGAGGAGAUUUUAAACAGAGUUGAAAAUGUUUUGGGUAUUCCUCGUGAAUCAGGUAUGUUUCGCUAUGGGGUUGAGAUCCUCUUUAAGUUAAGUAUGUCAACUGUUGAUGAGAAAUUUGGUGUGUUCCGAAGUUUUGGCUGGUCCGACUCGGAGAUACUUGGAAUGGUGAGGAUACUACCUUUAAUUCUUUCUAUGUCAGGUCCUAGAAUACGGGAAGUUGUUGAUUAUUUUAUGAACGAGCUGGGAUAUACUCCGGACUAUUUGGCUUCCCGCCCGGUUUUUCUAACAUUAAGUUUUGAAAAGAGGGUGAAGCCGCGGUAUGAAGUUUUGAGGAUUCUGAAUGAGAAGAAGUUGAACAAGAGGAAGGCAGGCUUGUUUACUGUUUUGACAUUGCCUGAGUCAAAGUUCCUGAAGUAUUAUAUUCUUCCUUACAAAGACAUACUGCCAGAUGUGUAUAACACUUAUCUCAGUAAAGCUGGAAUACCAACAGCCGAGCAAUAGUGUGGUGUUUCAGAAGGCGGGAGUGGAACUUUUCAAGUCUAUAGUAUGUGGUAUAUGCACAAGAAACAGAGGACAAUAUAAAGUCUUUAAUCAUCCAGGUUUUUGGAAAACAUUGACAAAUCCUGGGAAAAGAAGUUCCAAGUGCCCCAAGAUUUCCACUGGUGGAGGGCUGCUGCUGAUCAUUACGAGAAGGAAUUGAUAAUGGUGAUUAAAAAACAAAAAAAAAGAGUUGGUGUUGGUCAACAAACAGUAAGUUUACCCUGUUUCUGGAGAAGUAUCUGAAUGAGUAGCAGCAAUAGGAUUUCAAAUCUUAGUCUUUGGUUCUUCCUUUUAUGGCUUCUGCAAGUAUCUGCAAAAUGAUUUCAGCACAUCUUUUCUGCUCGAUGACAAGGCUUUGAGGUUACUUCAAAGAAUUUAUACUUAGUUGUAACAAGCAACGACGGGUAUUGUUCUCUAGCUAAGAACAUCCAGAUGAGAUGCAACCGAUUCCAAAACAUCAUACUAUCAUAUCAUACACAGAAGUGGCUGAAGACCUUUUACAAGCAAGAAGAUUUGGUUCUCUGCAUGUUAUGACAACUACAGUAUUCUUGAUGUUGACUUAGUUUACCCAAGAUAUAAAACAUACAGUACUUCGGGAGGAAAGGCCAGAAGAGCAGAGCAUGCACUCCAUUGUUGAAUAUGCGCCAAGAAUGUCAAAAGCACAGCAUCAUUAUAACAUCUUCAUUGUCAUAAAUUGACUGAGCAAUGUUUGUUUAGGAAGUUAUACAGUCAAUUUUUUAACUUGCUUGAUGACUUCGGGACAAACUCAAGCACUUAAACUAGUUUAGUUACAACUUGAUUGGAACAUGGACCGAAUUCAAGUCAAACUCGAACACCAAAAUUAUGCUUGGAUGAGUCCCAAGAAUUCUUGUCCUCCGAUUGAAUAGUUGUUGGUUUAUUUUUGUGUAUAUGUCCACUGGGUGUUAAACCCGUUCAAUGGACGGGGUAAAAAAAUUUUGUGAAAACAAACUAUUGAGACUGAUAAAUGUUUCAUGAAAUAAAAUAUAUAUUACAAAUCUUGAAGUAUUUCUUUAUACACUA